CAUGAUACAGACGUACAGUUGCGUUAAGAUAAUAUUGUGAUUUCAAACGCGCGAACGUGUGUCGUACAAGUGUGUAUUCGCACGUCGUCCGCUACUUAUCGCUCCACUAACCGCGCCACGGAAUUAUGAUACUUUUGAAUUUUCGUUUUUCAAGUCAUUUCUUUCGUGCCAAUUUCUCAAUUACGGUUUACAGCCAGACGCGAUUUGCGUAACUGUUGUCCGCUCGUCACUUUUGUGUCCAUUUACGCGAAUCACUUGCUCAACGGCAGUAUAUUUGUGCUGCGAAUGUCAUGAGAUUAGCGCUGUGACGAUCAAAUCGUACCAUGAAUACCGUCAAGAAUACGACUAAGAGGUUCGCCAACCGAAAGUUCUACGCCUUGCCGGACGAUUACGUCAAAGUAACAAAGUCGUCGCAGAAGUCCACGGAUCCUGUGAAACUUCUCAAGUACGUGGACGAAAACGUCAUUGGCAAAAACACCACUUUUUCCGGACCUUACGGCAGAAGAAAAGUUGUGUACUGCGACUACGCAGCUUCUGCAAAGUCACUACAAUUUAUUGAAGACUACAUACUCAAAGAAGUAUUACCCGUAUACGGUAACACACACACGACAACUAACGUCACUUCACUCCAGUCUACUCUGUACAGACAUGAAGCCCGCGAUAUUGUUCGAAACGCAGUUCAUGCUUCAGAAGACGACGCGGUCAUAUUCGUCGGUAGUGGAUGUACCGGUGCCGUACAUAAGUUAAUACAUGCGAUGGAUUUUGCUUCAGACGAUAUUAAACCAAUAGUCCUUGUUGGUCCUUACGAACAUCAUUCGAAUUUAUUACCUUGGAGAGAGAUCGGUGCCACGAUCAUCCGCAUAGCGGAGACUAAAGAAGGUUUUAUUGACCUAAUUGAUCUUGAAAACAAGCUUCAAUUGUACCAGUCGGUCAGUCCAGGAGCUCAAUUAAUCGGUUGUUUUUCUGCCGCCUCUAAUAUUACCGGAAUUCUUGCUGAUGAUAUUGCCACCACAUUGGUUUUACACCAGUAUGGUGCAUUGGCUUUUUGGGAUUAUGCUUCCGCAGCUCCUUAUGUUGUGGUGGAUAUGAAUCCUUUGUUCCCUGCCAAUGACCAAGCAGUUUAUAAAGAUGCUAUAUUUUUCUCUGGUCAUAAGUUUGUUGGUGGAAUACAAACUCCAGGUGUAUUGGUGGCAAAAAAAAAAUUAUUCAAAAACAAAGUACCAAAUGGCAGUGGUGGUGGUGCCGUAUUUUUCGUUUCCAGAAAAGAACACAGAUACUUAAAGGACACAGAACUACGAGAAGAAGGUGGAACUGGAGCUAUUGUUGAAUCUGUGCGCUUAGGCUUAGCAUUACAGCUAAAACAAAAUAUCGGUGUGCCGUUCAUUAUGAGUAGAGAAGAAAAAAUUACAAAAACUGUUUUGUCAUUCCUGCAAACGAUGCCGGAAAUAAUAGUGCUAGGUAACUGCUCGCAAACGGUCAAACGACUGCCAAUCUUCUCGCUAUUGGUGCGCCAUCCUCGCGGUGCGUUUUUGCAUCACAACUUCGUGUGCGCCAUCCUCAACGACGUGUUUGGCGUGCAGGCCCGUGGCGGGUGCGCAUGCGCCGGCCCUUAUGCCCAGGACCUAUUGGGCAUUGACGAGUCACUAGCCAACGAGUACGAGAACAUGUUGCUGGAAGACGAGCGCCUGGACCGGCAUCACUUACGCCGACACGAAGAGCACUCUUCGUUCGAGAUGCUCCGGCCCGGUUUUGCUCGCAUAUCCCUGCCGUUCUUCAUGUCUGACAACGAGGUAUCCUUCGUUCUGGAAGCUCUGAAAAUGGUAGCCACUGAGGGCUGGAAACUCUUGCCUCAGUAUACGUUGAACCCGGAGACUGGUGAAUGGAAACACCACACGAACAACGUGUUUCGCGACCGCAAGUGGUUGGGAUCAAUCCGGUACACCGACGGGAAAUUGGCCAUGCCGGAGCGAAAGAUCUCCGCCCAAAACACGUGUCCGGCUGAUUACUCCGAAUGUCUGAAAACAGCAAGAAACACGUUUAACAAAGCGAGAAAAAUGGCAAAAAGGUAUCCAUUACCCGAUCAGAGGAGCAUGUUUACAGAAAAGGCUGAAAAGUUACGUUGGUUUAUGUUGCCGAGUGAAGCCCAAGAUUUACUCUUAGGACAUUCGGCUAGUCAUAUCAAACAAGGUGUUCCGUUUUCGCCAACAGUCUACCAUGGAUCUCCUCGAACUUCAGAAUCGUCUUCUGUUUCUACUCCAAACUCAUCUUUGGCCAGAUACAACAGUCUUUCUGCUUUAGAUAAUAGUUUAUCUGCUCGUAUAAGAUCUUCAAGUGGUAGUUCAGAAAUGUUACUCCCCAAUAAACAUUUAAGUCCUGUUGAACUAGUUUCUCAAAGAGAAAGAUGCUAUAGUCUAGGAUCAAAUCCUACAAGCCCGGAUAAAUUCAGAAGGUUACGUGAACGGCAGUGUUCUUGUAGCAGCCAAACAGAAUUAAGUGAUUCUGAAUCAAGAACCUCUUACGGAGAUAGUCAACAUGAUGAAUGUAUUCAAGCAUAUGUACAAGAAAUGACAAAAGAAUUUGUUACAGAAAUUAAAUCUGAACUCCGUGAAGUUAUAGCUACUGUUGACAAUGCUUUAUCGGAAAGCUCGGAGAGUUUGAAUAUUAUAGAUAAACGUAAUAAUAGCAUUCUAACAAAUGGCCAUAGAGUUAUGCCUAGAAAUAAUUCUGUGCCAGUUAUUACUACCACCCCUUGCCAAAAUGGUCUUGAAGAACAAGUUAUUAGUCGCUUAUCUGAAUUUGCUUCAGAAAUCAAAACUGAAAUACAUGAUAUGGUGAGUUCUGUUUUGGCUUCUUCUCCAUCUUUAUCAGAUGAAAACACUGACACUAUAAUGGAAAAAGAAUCUGAUUCUGAAAGUGAUAAGGAAAUUAAUUCAAAACAUCCAAAUCUGAGUUCUACCGAUAGUGGUAUAAACAUAAAAACAGAACCAACUGAAUGUAAUACAAAAAAGUUUAAAACUGAAUGCAUUGUUAAAAUGAACUGUGAGAAAAAUGUUGAUUUUGCUGUGGCUAGAUGGUACUGUCCGCCCAAACCUAUUUGGAAACCAACAAUCGAAGCUAUAAGAGAGUUUAAAAUGAUCCAAGACGGAGAUCGAAUUAUGGUCUGCUUAUCGGGUGGUAAAGAUUCUUUAUCGUUACUUCAUACACUUCAUCAAUAUCAGUAUUAUGCUUCAUCAAAAGGUAUACAUUUCACAUUAGGAGCUGCAACAGUUGAUCCUGGUAGUUCAGCUUAUAAUCCUAAACCUCUUAUACCAUACUUAGAGGCAUUAGGUGUUCACUAUUUAUACGAGGAACAAAAAAUUCUUGAACAAGCUGCAUCGGCUGAGUGCAGUUCCAUUUGCAGUUUUUGUAGUCGUAUGAAAAGAGGACGUUUGUAUGCUGCCGCACGAGCAAAUGGUUAUAAUGUUUUAGCCCUUGGACAACAUUUAGAUGAUUUGGCUGAGAGUUUUUUAAUGUCAACAUUUCAUAAUGGUCGAUUGAGAUCAAUGAAAGCUCAUUAUGCAAUAAAUGAACGCGAUUUACGUGUAAUCAGACCAUUUGUGUAUGUAAGAGAAAAAAUGUUACGCCAAUUUGCAGAGACCAAGAAACUACCUGUAAUUGCAGAAAACUGUCCUGCAUGCUUCGAAGCUCCCAAGGAACGCCAUAGAACAAAACAAUUACUUGCUCAACAGGAAAUAUUGUUUCCAAGCCUGUUCGCUUCGUUACGUUCAGCGUUGCGUCCUUUAAUUAGUUUUCGACAAACUGGUGAAGAAACCAAAGCAUAUUACCGUAUGACUGGUUUUGCUGAUGAUCAAAGCGAAAAAGAUUCAGAAGAAGAACCCACUCCAUUUUAAUUACCAAAAUCAUAACAUGGUAUUAUUUGAUCAUAUACUUUUGAUAUAUUUCCUAUAAUUUACACAAUUAUGUUUAUUUGUCAAAUAAUAUUUUUGUUCACAUAUUUAUAUUUUUUUUCUCGUUAGAUUAAUUAUAAUUUUUCUUGAAAAAUAGGUAAAGAUGUUUUAAAUGAAAGAUUUUGGUACUAUGUACUUCUAGCUGAAAACUAAUUAUAAGUAAAAUAGUUAUUUAUUUAUGUAUGUUUACAAUGUAAUGUUCUUUAUGAGUUGAUUAAUACGUUUAUAAUAUUAUUUUUAAUAUUAUUUGGGUUUAUAUAACCUCUUGACUGCUUUUGUCCAAUAUAAUUUCUUUGAUUUACAAAAAAAAAAAAAAUCACAAAAUAUAUACGAUUAUGUUUUCUAUUUUUUUUUUUUUUUUUUUGUUCAAUAAGAUAAUCUGAAAUUAAUUGUUUAUUUGAUUAAAAAUUUUAUUGAUGUAUACUUUUUACUUGGUAUUAUAUCGGUGUUUUUCAGCCAGUAUUUUCGCAACACACACUUAUGUCACAAAAAAGUUAAAGUGUGUCACAAGGUGUAAUGAAAUGUAUUAAUAGUGAGUCACUAUAGUGCAAAGGUUGAGAAACACUAUAUUAGACUCUAAUAAUUUCUUUA